AUGGACCAGCGUCCCCUGCCUUUCGGCGCGAGGGGAACAUGGCCACGGUGUGCGGAGAGGCCUUUCCGUGAAGUUCAGAAUGGAGUGAAGGGCUUUCUGGACAAAUUCUGUCUGGUGGAUGGUAAGGACUGGGAAGCAGGGUUCGUGCUGGGCCUUGUACACUCCUUGCUGUUUGUUCCGAUGCUAUCCUUCUACGAAGAACUCGACGAGACAACACAAGUGAAGCGCUUCACCGGAUCCCUUGGUGGCCUGGUUGAGCUAGGUCACAGCGAUCGAGUUGACAACGUGUUGCUGGAGUACAUCAUAGCGAUCGAGCUCUGCCGCAAGGAGGGUACACAUGUGCAAUCUAUCUUCCCCAUCCUCCUCAGUCCCCGCAGAGACGACGGCACCUUCUCCGAGUUCUUGUGGUCGAGCUUGCAGUUGUUGCCAGAAAAGCCCUCGCACCUGACCAACGAGAGAGCAGCCAUGAUUCUUGCCAUGCUCGACGUGGAGGAGAAGCAGAUUGCACAGAUGAAGCAGAGAAGCAUCAAGCAGACGGUCGAAAUGAUCCUCAAGCAUCAGGCCUGCAAACUGUCGGAUAUGAAGCAGGACGAUCAGGUGUACGACUUCUGUGCCCGCAAGAUACUCGAUGUUGUCCUCAGAGACAUCGAACGCCUGCAGCUGGACCCGAACGACUUCGCUUUCAAGACGCCAGGAGGCAGCGAGGUACUGCAGUGGCUCAAGGAGCGAGGUCUGCUGGGUCUGGCUCCCAUGCUUGUCAAGCAUCACGUAGACUCGCUGAACAAGGCGGCCAACCUCACCGACAGCGACAUCCUCGACAUUUUUCGAUCCGAGCGGAGCAAGCAAGACGAAAUGUCCUGCCCCAAGGGACAAGAGCUGUCUCUCCGUCUGGCUAUCGCAGAUCUCAGAAAGGACAAGCGGGCAAAGCCAUACUCGCAGCGACUGUUGGACUUCCGGGACUCAGCGACGGCCAUUGGAACAGCUGUGUGGACCACAAACGCGAUAGAGAUCGUCUGCUCCAAGUGGCAGGGGCAGUACAUGUUUGCUGUGCUGGCACUUGUAUGCGCUCUCAUCCCCUUCUUCACCCUGGGCGAUAAACUUCUAACCACCUGGCAGUCGACAGACUACCAUGUGGUGCUGUGGUUCAAGGUCGUCUACUACUUGCCUUUCUGGAUCUCAACCUCCCUUGUUCUCGUGAAAAGUGUUUACGAGGCGAGGUAUGUACGUCCGCACAAGGCCCGGGCCACCCUCAAGGCUCAAAGUUUCCGCUGGAACUUGUUGUUCUUGAUAGGAGUUGUCGCCGAGAUCGCUCAGAUUCUCGCAGGCCAGCAUGAGCCCGGCUGGACAGUGGCCGAUACCUUGAGUGUCAACGGAAUCGCCUUCGAGCUCAUGUUGUUUCUGCCAGCAUCUAUGCUCGUGUACCUGACUUUCGAGUAUCGAGAGGAGUACUGGGUGCCUAGUUGGCUGAUGCUUGCGAUCGUGGUAUCUGUCACGUACUCGUUCAUUUGGAGAGCGUUCCUGUGGUACUUCAUGACGACCGUCUUCGUCGCUGUCUUCACCUCCUCGCUCUUCACCUACUUUGUUGUCAUCCGGAUCAAGACGAUCGGGGAGGCUCGACGGAAGCUUGGUUUCAAUGUGAAGCGGUACCUCGAGGAAUGGAGUCACUGCCUUCAGGCAACAAGCAGCGUCGACGCCCCUGACGUAGGACGCGACUUAAAUCAUAAGGGAGUCGGUCGGGUCCUGCACAGCCGUCGGCUGCACCCGGUCAUGAGCGUUGAGCCGCAGGCCACUCGAGGAGCGCUAGAGGUCUUGUGGGAGAUGACAUCAGCCAUAGAGCUACAGCUAGAGCAGCAGUAUCGCUCCUGCCAAGCUCGCGUUCAUCCCUGGACACGAUUUUGGCAGGACAGGAACAAGGGCUUCGGGCGAUUCAAGAGCAAGGAAGGCGAGAGGGGGUACGGCAAGAUCAGGCAGCUGUCCUCAGACUUGGACCAGCUGUACCAGCAAGCAAGCACCAUCAACUCAGCUGUCCACGACCUCAUAGCUGAUCUCCUCACCCCGCUGCAGCAUCACAGCGGCAGCUCUCAUCUUGUCAACAAGUAUCCCAUGCUCGUCUACGGCCCCGUCAAGCAACCUCAACGCGCCAUCGAGAAGUGCGUGAGGUCGUACAGGCGCGACGUCGGAUGCCUCACUGACUUGGUUCGCUGCACUAUCGUGGCCGAAAGCAUGGAGCAGCUGCUGCAGGUUCUUCAUACGAUCCGAUUGCGAUCGGUCAUCGGCAUCGCGCCAGUCAAUCGGGACGAGGACUGCAAGCUGUCUGUGGAUGCAGCCAGUCAAUCCGCUAGCGAGAGCCUUCCGGCACAAGCUGGGAACCAAAGUUUCCUCUCACGCGCACAGCAGCUUGUCCUCAGCAGUCUCAGCAGCAGGAGCAGGAGAGAAUCAGAGGGAGAGAAGCAGCUGGAGCUGAUGAGGGGUGAGGAGCAGGAGCAGGAGGAAGGGGGCAAGAGCGAGAGGUUCUUUCGGAUAACGCAGGUUAAGAAUCGGUUUCACUCGGACAGCCAUCACUUCAAUCCUAUGACUGGCUACCGCGACCUCUCCCUCAACCUCGAAGUCGGAUGGACUUUCAGCCGAAACUCAGUCAUCUUUUUGCCUGUCGAGGAGUGGGAGCAGGGAGCGGUCGAUCGAUACAUCAUCGAGGUUCAGAUCCACUUCAAAGGUUUCUAUGACAUCAUGAGCAAAGCAGGCUUCCAUGACUUCUACUGCGAAUGGAGAGAUAUCAUGUCUCGCUAA